AUGGUGACGGUGGCUCAGAAAACGGGCACCAAUAUGCUAGACGUGGAUGACUCCUUGGCCGCUGAAUCGGUGACUGAACCAGUGACUCAAACCUACCUGACACAAGCCCUAGAAGUGUUAUCCAGCAAAUUGAUUUCAAGCUGGCAAUCCUCGUUCAACACCCUGAGGCACAAUAUACAGGAGUUGGGGUCCAGAACAUCCCACAUGGAAAGCAAACUAGACGAAUUUGCCACGGCACACAAUGAUCUGGUGACCCAGGUGGAAGAGAUAGAGCAAUAA